AUGGUGCAGCAGCGGGGCGCGCGGGCCAAGCGGGACGGCGGGCCGCCGCCCCCGGGGCCCGGGCCGGCCGCCGAGGGGGCGCGUGAGCCCGGCUGGUGCAAGACCCCGAGCGGCCACAUCAAGCGGCCCAUGAACGCGUUCAUGGUGUGGUCGCAACACGAGAGGCGAAAGAUCAUGGACCAGUGGCCCGACAUGCACAACGCUGAGAUCUCCAAGCGCCUGGGCCGCCGCUGGCAGCUGCUUCAGGACUCGGAGAAGAUCCCGUUCGUGCGGGAGGCGGAGCGGCUGCGCCUCAAGCACAUGGCGGACUACCCGGACUACAAGUACCGGCCUCGCAAGAAGAGCAAGGGGGCGCCCGCCAAGGCGCGGCCCCGCCCCCCCGGAGGCGGCGGUGGCGGCAGCCGGCUGAAACCCGGGCCGCAGCUGCCGGGCCGCGGGGGCCGCCGAGCGACGGGAGGGCCUCUGGGGGGCGGCGCGGCGGCGCCUGAGGACGACGACGAGGACGAAGAGGAGGAGCUGCUGGAAGUGCGCCUGCUGGAGACCCCCGGGCGCGAGCUGUGGAGGAUGGUCCCGGCGGGGCGCGCCGCUCGCGGACCCGCGGAGCGCGCGCAGGGGCCAUCCGGCGAGGGGGCGGCCGCCAGCGCCGCCUCCCCGACCCUGUCGGAGGACGAGGAGCCCGAGGAAGAGGAGGAGGAGGCUGUUACAACAGAAGAGGGCGAAGAGGAGACGGUGGCAUCGGGGGAGGAGCCGCUGGGCUUUCUGUCCAGGAUGCCCCCGGGCCCCGCCGGCCUGGACUGCAGCGCCCUGGACCGCGACCCGGACCUGCUGCCCCCUUCGGGCACGUCACACUUCGAGUUCCCGGACUACUGUACCCCUGAGGUUACCGAGAUGAUCGCAGGGGACUGGCGCCCGUCUAGUAUCGCCGACCUGGUUUUCACCUACUGAGCCCAUCGUCAGCGGGGCGCGCACGCCCCCAAACCAGCUGUUUACAUACAGGAAUCAGGUAUUGGGGCCCCUCGGAGGCCGAGGCUGGCACCCCAUCUCCCGCGCAGCCUCCCCCCUCCUAGUCGUGCCCAUCCCCCCCCACAGAUCCAGACAUACCCCUCCCCCGCAGACACACCCCAAGGCAGCCCAACCCCCACUUCUCCCUGACAUCUAAGCCCCUCCCCAUCCAGUCUUGUCCCGCGUAGCCACCAGCAGCCAGCCCCCCUCGGAUACACCUCCCAUUUCUCCUACAUACCUGAACCCCUCCCCCCCACUUUGCACACGCCCCUCCUCGUGGCCGGGCGGCACGCCCCUUUGCUCCAAAAUCCCUCCGCCCUCGCCCGGGCCUGCCUUGGUGGUUAAGGGGGCGCUGCGGUCUGGCGGUCCGGCACUCCUCCCGGUCUCCUCCUCUCCUGGAGGGGCGGGUAGGGCAUCCGUCCCCUCCGCCCCCCAUGAUCUCGAGGCCCCACCCCUCAGCUUGAACCGUCUCCUUCUUGCGCAUGCUUGAUGCUUCUUGGAGGGGGCUGGUUCCAGUUGAGCUGCAGGCCUCUGUGGCCAACUUCAAAAGGGAGGGGUCUAAUAUAGAGCAAUCCUAAGAAAUCCUUUGAUCCCGGAGCCCGUGGCUUCCUCUCGACCCAACGGGGCGUUACUGCCUUAAUGGGAGGCGCACUCAAAGGGAGAGAUAGAAACUAGCCAGCCCUAAACUCUGCAAGUGUCAACCCCUUUUCUAUGAUGGGGUCACCCACGCCCACCACCACCCUCCACCGCGUGACUGCCUUUACAGCCCAUCUUGGUCGCUGGAAACUUCCUUUCCCCAAGUGGGAAUUUGGAAUUUGGUCUUUGUCUGGAAAUCCACCAAGAUGGGAAUGUCCAAGAGAACUCAGAACCAAGACACCUACCAGUCUGGGGACAGAGUUCCUGCUGCCCCCUCAAUCCCCCUCCUCGGGAAGUGCCCUAUCAGCUCAGGGCAUCCUCUCUGCCUGGGCUCCUCCCUCAGUCCAUCGCCCCUUCCUAUCACUCAGAUCCAGUCUCGACCACCGCAGCUGUAGUAUUCAGUGGGAGAAACUGAAGCACGUUGUUGCUAGGGUUUAGGACAGGCAUACCAGCAGACAGGGGUGGCAGGAAUGAGGCCCUCGUCUCAACAGUGGCUUGAGGAGAGACCAGGCCAGGGCGACUGGGGACAGGGCUGAGCUAGUGGACGUGGGUGCUUUGCACCUCGGUCUUCCCUUGUGAGAAAUAGGGGUGACGCUGCUGUAGUUAGGAAGCUGUGUUGAGAUUAGGUCGUCCUCCGGAGCCCUGCCCAGGUGCCAAGUCUGCUCCACUGGUCUCCCGCUUGAGCCCCGCCCCUCUGGCCUCCUCAUCCCCUCUGCCUUCACUACCUGUAUCUCACCGGCGUGUGUUCACCUUUUGGGUGGCGCACACACACUCAUUCACACACACACAAAUCUCAGGAACAAACGGUCCCAGAGUCCUCCUCGACCCCUGCCCUGGGUCUCUGCAGGUCUCUGCCCCACGCGUUCCCUUCGCUGACAAAGCCACCAGCUGCCUCCUUAAAGCUUGGUGCUCCGGCUCUGGGCCUUUCUUGCGCUCUUUCUCUCUUUUCUCUUUCUGUUUUCCUUUUUGGUUUUUUUUUUCUUUUUCUUUUUUCUUUUUUUAAGAAAACAAGUAACAAAAAAGACAAUGAAAAAAAACGGAAACGUCAUGUGAGUGAAGAGAUGUCACUGUCUGUGGUCUUUGGAGAACUAGUCUCGUAGCUGAGAGGAGGGGACCCCUCCUCUGGGGCACUGGCACCCACAGCAGGACUCGCCAGUCUGAUGCCAGGACUGAAUAAAGUGUAUUUGCCCCGACCUCGCCCUGUGGUUCUGCAUGUGUGUGCUUCUCACCCUGGUCAGCUUCAAGUGCCUAGAGUAUGGGCUGGUGCAGGGAAAGCUGGAUCCUUCCCGGGCCUCUGUUACCUUCUGUCUCAGGAAUCCUUGCCUUCAUUAAAGACGGCAAAACCAUCUUUAGAGUGGCCAGGCAGGCAGAAGCGGGAGAGCCAAGCUGAGGGGGGGGGGACCCUGGUUUCAUGACAGUGCAAGGGUGCUAGCCCGCCCCCCCCCCCCAGCCAGAUAGCCACAUUUUUCAAGAGGUGCAGGAAACAAGUCCUUGUAGUUGCAAAAUAAAAACCCAUGCAAAUAUUUUUUUAAGUCCCUAGGUCAGAUGAGCCAGGUGUGUAGGCUGGACUGACCCAAGGGGGUCAAUUUGACUGUUUAAUGAGGAUUGGGCGGCAAUGCUCAGAGCCCAGCUCCAGGAACUGCUGUCUGUGUGUCUCGUGAGAAUCACAUUGGUAUUUUCAGAGUGAAGUCAUGCUUGAGGUGAGCAGCAACUAAUGUGUGCUCCAUAAAUUGUACUGCUUCGUUUGUAGAGUAGGAGGGAUCGUGGAGAAUGGAUUUCCGGUCCCACAAGCAGCAGUGGCUAGAAGUACACUGAGGUAUCCCUCAGAUGUGUCCCAGGGCUUCAGAGAAGCAUCAGCUAUGGCCUGCAGGGUAUGCUUCCCGUGUGACCAGAGGGCCACAAGCCAUGAGUCGUAGGGGUUCUAACUCCGUUCGUCCUUGGCCCUCUGUACCUUUGUCCCUCAAGCCUUGUCUGCCAGGUCCAGUGAGUGCCUAGGCUCAGACAAAGCUCGCAUUCCUAUAAGCCAAGACUGGGUGUGGGUUUUCAAAGGGCAUCUUCCCUGCUUCUGCUUGGAAGCAAACUGGGGGAAAAGUCUCUGUCAAGAGGUAGAAUUGAAAAGGUAGGGAGGGCAGGGUAUGUGCCAAACGGUAGUUGGUUCAAGGAAGGGCUUCCUAGACUGGAGUGAAUGCCCUCCAACAAGGUCAGUCCCUGGCAGAUAGCAGCUUGCCCAAGGCCACACC